GAGGCCGCCGCGACGUUGGGAACCGAAGUCGGGAGCCCGGACUGGGCUCAGCGCCUCCGUUCUUUCUGGGCGUCCUGAGCCCGUUGCUGCCGUUGUCUGGCCCCAGCCUGGCCUACGGCUGCCCGUAGGCGCCCGGUUUCCCAGCACCGCGGGCGGGUGAGGUCUCAGAGCCCAAAAUAUAAAGCUGAAAAGAGCAGAGAUUUGGCCCGGUUCUGAGACGCCGAGUCCAAAGCCAUGUUACUGAAGACAGUGCUCCUGCUGACCCUGGUGGCCCAGGUGCUGGGGUUAGAGAAUGGGCUCCUYCGGACACCACCCAUGGGCUGGCUGGCCUGGGAACGCUUCCGCUGCAACAUUGACUGUGAUGAGGACCCAAAGAACUGCAUCAGUGAGCGGCUCUUCAUGGAGAUGGCUGACCUGAUGGCACAGGAUGGGUGGCGGGACCUGGGCUACGUCUACCUCAACAUCGAUGACUGCUGGAUUGGUGAGCGAGAUGACAGAGGCCGCCUGGUGCCUGAUUCCAAGCGCUUCCCCCAUGGCAUCACUUUCUUGGCUGACUAUGCUCAUUCCCUGGGCCUGAAGCUGGGCAUCUAUGCGGACAUGGGCAACUUAACGUGCAUGGGCUUCCCUGGCACCACUCUAGACAAGGUGGAGCUGGAUGCGCAAACAUUCGCUGAGUGGAAGGUGGACAUGCUGAAGCUGGAUGGCUGCUUCUCCACCCGCCAGGAACGGAUUGAGGGAUAUCCCAAGAUGUCUGCUGCCCUGAAUGCCACAGGCCGUCCCAUCGCCUUCUCCUGCAGCUGGCCAGCCUACGAAGGGGGCCUUCCCCCUGAGGUGAACUACACUCUGCUGGCUAACAUCUGCAACCUCUGGCGCAACUUUGAUGAUAUCCAGGACUCCUGGAGGAGUGUGCUCUUCAUCCUGGACUGGUUCGUGAAACACCAGGACAUUCUACAGCCAGUGGCCGGCCCUGGGCACUGGAAUGACCCGGACAUGCUGCUCAUUGGGAACUUUGGCCUCAGCUAUGAGCAAGCCCGGGCACAGAUGGCCCUGUGGACUGUGCUGGCAGCCCCCCUCUUCAUGUCCACAGACCUGCGUACCAUUUCCCCUCAGAACGUGAACAUUCUGCAGAAUCCACUCAUGAUCAAAAUCAACCAGGAUCCCUUAGGCAUCCAGGGACGCAUGAUUCUCAAGGAAAAAUCCUUAAUUCAAGUGUUCAAGCGGCCCCUGUCUGGGGACACCAAUGUCGUGGUCUUCUUCAGCCGUAGGACGGACAUGCCUUUCCGCUACCACUCCUCCCUGGCAAAGCUUAACUUCUCCAGCUCCAGAAUCUAUGAGGCCCAGGACGUCUUCUCGGGUGAAAUCAUCAGUGGCCUCCGGGAUGAUACCAGCUUCACAGUGGUCAUCAACCCUUCAGGGGUAGUAAUGUGGUACCUGUAUCCCAUCCAGAAGAUGCAGAAAACUGUGCAGAAGUCCCAGGUCCCACUAAUGAGGAUCUGGGAUGUCUGACAGGCUGUGGUGGCCCCACUGAGCCUUGACCAUGGAGCCUUGGUAUGCCAAGUGCAAGCAGGUGGGGCUCUCUCCUCUCCAGGCCCACUCAGCAACCUGACCUCAUCUUACCCAAAGUGCAGUUGCAGAGUCAGGUUCCAUGUCCUACCCAAGUGUGGAUCCUAUUGGAAACUUCUCUUGGGGCAAUUUCUUGUGGCCUUCCUGGCCUCUAUCUCAUCUCUACAGCCCCACAGAUAUUGCUGAACAAUUUGCCAACCUCCUGAGCCACAGGCAGGGGCACCGAUGCCCAUCAGGACUCUAGCCUCCAGACUUGUUAUUGACUGUGAAAUCAGGAUUUGGAAUUUUUCUAAUUGGGAAUAGAGAUCUGACCUCUUGCUAGAACUCUCAUGAAUUGUGUGACUGGCUUUCCUAGCCUGAGAAGGCCUUGCAGACUAAAACUACCUGGAAGUGGGGCCAGAAAGUGGGGCUCCCUGAGGUCACCAAUAAAGCUUUUCUU